AUGACAGCCAAGCAUCAAGCGAUCUACCAAGCUUUUCGAGCAAUCGGAUACAUCACAACAGCAAGCUGUCCAGUCGUCUAUACCAGAGGAACAACAUACUAUCUGCUAACAAGUGUCGGAUCUACUUUUCAUAUCUAUGAUCUUGAAAAGCUGCGACUCUUGUUUGUUGGUCCACGGUUUGAUGGAACAAUUACUGGAAUGGCCAGUGUCGAUGAUCUAACGAUUGUUUCGGUUGGAUCUGAUAUUGUUACAUGCCAGAGAGCCAAAGAGACAUGUCGAGUUUCACUCCCACACGAAUCAGCAGUUACUUUUAUGACAAUGUUGGGAGACUUGCUGUUAACUCUCUGUGCUGACAAUACGCUGAGAGUGUGGCGUGCCUCUGCUUCUGAUCUGGAGCUAGUAUCAGAACUUGAAUUCGCUGCUAACUUUACAGCUACAUCAUUAUUACACCCUAGCACGUACAUGAAUAAAGUGUUGGUAGCUAGUCGAGAAGGUGUUUUGCAAUUGUGGAAUAUCAAGGCCAAGAAACUUGUUUACGCCUUCGCUUCAGUCGGAUCACCUAUAACAGUUUUGUCUCAAUCUCCAGUCGUGGAUAUCAUUGCUAUAGGCUUGUUGAAUGGAAGCAUUAUUUUGUACAAUAUUAAACAGGAUCAACGGUUGUUUGAGUUUACGCAGGAUGGGAAGGUUACUGCUAUAUCGUUUCGUACUGAUGAGCAUCAAGUCAUGGCGACAUCAAAUGCUACAGGUGAUGUCGCGCUAUGGAAUUUAGAGACUCGUCGGUUGUCUUAUAAUAUGAAGGGAGCACAUGAUGGCUCUACAUCAUUGGCAUUUUUCUUGACGGGUCAACCGUUAAUGAUUACAUCUGGUGCUGAUAAUGCCGUCAAGACAUGGAUAUUCGAUACUUUGGAAAUUCAACCGCGUUUAUUACGAUCACGGUCUGGUCAUCAUCUACCACCUACGCAUAUUCGAUUUUAUGGAUCUGAAGGGUAUACGAUAUUGAGUGCUGGACGAGACAGGUCGCUGCGUUUGUUUUCAAUCAUUCGAGACUCGAGGAAUGUGGAACUUUCUCAAGGAUCAAUGGCAAAGAAACUGAAAGCCAACAGGAAUGUGACAACCAUCGAUGAGCUCAAGCUUCCUGUGAUGACCAAGUUUGCAGCUUCAUCGGCCAAAGAGAAGGAAUGGGACAAUAUCGUCUCUUGUCAUUUGAACGAUCAUGCAGCUAGAACAUGGAGCUAUGCUAGGAAAGCUAUUGGCAAUUACCAGUUGCCGAGUCUUGAUGACAGCACCAUAACGGCUGUUGCCAUAAGUCAUUGUGGAAACUUUUCGUUUUUGGGAUCAUCAAAGGGAUGCAUGUACAAGUACAAUUUGCAAUCAGGAGAGCACCGACAGACUUUCGCCAAAGGUCACUCCAAAUCAAUAAUUGACAUUUGCACAGACACACUAAACCGAACCGUCAUUUCAGCAUCUAUCGACAACAAGAUCAUAAUAUGGGAUUUCGAAAAAGCGACUAUACUACAAACAAUCGCAAUGGACGCUUCUAUAUCAUGCAUGUCUCUGCACAAAUCGAGCAACCUGUUAGCAAUAGCAUGUGACGAUUUAUGUGUGCGAGUGAUGGAUGUCGAAACAUUCAAAAUCGUACGAGAGUAUAGCGGACAUCGAAACAGAAUAACGGAUUUAACGUUUGCACCUGAUGGAAGAUGGGUUGUGACUAGUUCGUUGGAUGGGACUAUUAGAACGUGGGACGUUGUUUCUGGAAGUAUGAUUGAUGUGUUGAAGGUUGAUGCUAUAGCUACUAGUGUGGCGUUUUCUCCUACCGGAGAUUUUUUGGCUACUGCUCAUGCUGAUAAAGUUGGGAUCUUUUUAUGGUCUAAUAGAGCCCAAUAUGAAAACCUAAGUCUACAUGCUAUAGAUCCAGAACUGGAAGAUGUGAAUGUCACGUCACUGCCUUCAACUGCACAAGUCAAUGAUGAUGGUGAAGAGCAAAAUGAUGACGACGAUGGAGAAGACGAGAUUUUGCAGCAGCAGACAGAUGUAAAUAAAGAGAAUAUGUGGACUGCUGACGGCAUGGUCUCGUUUUCGUCGGCGGUUCAAUCACGUUGGGAAAUAUUGCUGAAGCUGGAUUCGAUCAAAAAACGCAACAAACCCAAAGAAGCUCCCAAAGCACCAGAGCGAGCUCCAUUCUUCCUGCCAACUCUGCCUGGAUCUCAACCCAAGUUCGCAGCACCCACAGAGGCAUUAUCGAGUGUAGCUGAUACAUCACGAGUAUUGAACUUUACUACGUUUGAUUCUGAGAGUGAUUUUUGGAAGACACUACGAAGUUGCAAUGAUUCUAACGAAUAUACCAAGUUCUACAAUCUGGUCAAGGCCGCAUCACCAACAAGUCUAGAUUUAGAACUUCGAACCAUGAAUACUUUGGAUCAAGGACAAUCCAUGUUGAGAUUCCUUGGUGCUUUAAGUGUAUGGAUUGAAACUCGACGAGACUUUGAGGUUGUGGAGACCUUGUUGCACGUGUUUUUGAGAUUACAUUCAGACGUGAUUCUCAGACAAGAGGCCAACAAUACAGAAGUGAAAGAUGCUAUUACGCGUCUCUUGCAACGGCAUAAAGCAGAAUGGCAACGGUUGGAAUCUAGAUUCCAAGCUGCUACAUUCUUGUCUGACUGGUCGCGAGGUCUAUGA